UUUUGCCUUCCAAACCUCGAUGAGAACGUAGCUUUCCUUUUCGAACUGUGAUUGAUAGUCUCAGUUGUUAUUCGUUAUGAUAGGACGUCGUCUUGGCUUUCAUAUUGGUCAUCGAUUGGCAAAACUUCAAACUGUCACUUUCUCCUUCAGAAUCAUGAUGACCUCUUCUUCCCAAUCGCCUUCUCAGUUGAAUGAUCCAUCCUUGUUCAAGCAAAAAGCUUAUGUCAAUGGGAAUUGGUUGGACUCUCAAUCCCAAACUACUUUCUCAGUCCAAAACCCAGCAACCGGUGAACAGAUUGGAACAUGUCCUGAUAUGAACCUCGCCGACUUGCUCCCUGUAGUGGAUGCUGCUAAAGUCGCUUUUGACAAAUAUAAACUUACUACCGCCAAAGAGCGACAUGAUCUACUCAUCAAAUUCUUUCAUCUCCUCCGCGAAUCAUCUCAAGAUAUCGCCAGCUUGAUCGUAUUGGAGAAUGGAAAAUCUCUUGCAGAUGCAAAGGGAGAGGCUACUUAUGCCGCUAGUUUUCUUGAAUGGUUUGCCGGUGAAGCCUUGAGGACAUACGGUGACGUCAUACCCACCACAGUUCCAGGUGUUCGUAAUGUGGUCAUCAAGCAACCGAUCGGAGUCGUGGCAGCACUGUGUCCUUGGAACUUUCCAGCCGCCAUGAUCACUCGGAAAAUUGCUCCUGCCUUGGCUGCUGGCUGUUCUGUUAUCGUCAAAGCACCUGCAGAGACUCCGUUUACCGCACUAGCACUCGCUGAACUCGCUCACCGAGCUGGAUUUCCACCUGGCGUCUUCAAUGUCAUCACUACCGAUGUAAAUACAAAGGAUAUAGGAAAAGAGUUGUGUGAAAAUACGACGAUCAGAAAAUUGUCAUUCACCGGUUCGACAAACGUGGGCAAGUUACUCAUGGCACAGUCAGCUUCGAGUCUUAAGAAACUAUCCUUUGAGCUUGGAGGCAAUGCGCCGUUCAUUGUAUUUGAAGAUGCUGAUGUCGAUUUGGCAGUAGCUGGAGCAGUUACUUGCAAAUUUAGGUGUUCGGGUCAGACUUGUGUAUCUGCAAAUCGCUUCUUUGUUCAUUCAUCAGUCUACGCCGAAUUUGCUACAAAACUAGCUAUGAAAGUCUCUGAAUUCAAAGUAGGAUCUGGCUUUGAUCCGGAUGUCACUCAUGGACCAUUGAUACAUUCAAGAAGUCUUAAGAAAGUGAUUGAACAUGUAGAUCGAGCUAAAUCAAAAGGUGCACAGGUCUUGGUAGGAGGCAGAGUUCCUGAUGAUCCUCAAUGUCGGAAUGGAUUUUUCUUUGAACCUACCGUUUUAAGUGAGGUACCAACCGGAGAGAUUGACGGAGAAGAAACUUUUGGUCCAGUGGCAGCUCUAUACAAGUUUGAAACCGAAUCAGAAGUAAUUCAGAUGGCCAAUGAUACAGAUGUAGGAUUAGCAGGAUACUUUUAUUCACGUGAUAUGGGACAAAUUUGGAGAGUAGCAGAAAGUCUUGAGGUAGGCAUGGUAGGAGUUAAUACGGGUGCGGUAUCGAAUGCUAUGACACCUUUUGGAGGAGUGAAAUCUAGUGGGUUUGGAAGAGAAGGAAGUAAAUAUGGGAUUGAAGAGUAUCAAAUUGUUAAGUAUAUCGCUAUGGGUGGAGUUUAGAUCACAUGGAGGUUGUCCUUUAUAUAACCUUUUUUUUUAGUUUUGUUGCUUUUUGUCAUUGUAACUCGAACUCUUUGUUGGGAAGAAAUUGAUAUGAAUCAAACUCUUCAACAUUGUCUAUCCAAUGCAUCAC